UCAAGUUCAACUGUAACUCAAAAUUCCUCUCUCUCAUGUUUUCUUCAAGCCCUCUUUUUGCAUUCCGAAGCUUCCCUACGUCAGCAACCGUCAUUUCCCGCCAUCACCUUCCAACGACCUUAACUGCCUUUAACCUUCUUCUUCCCAUCUCCAAACCCUCAUUCUCCAACAAACUCCAUCUCUCUCAUCCGCUCAUCUCCAUCCCUCCCUUAUUUCCAAUCAAUAAACGUCGACAGCUGCAACCAAUAUCCCAAUUCAACGUCGCAUCCCCACGCUCAUCUCUCCCCAUGAUCAAUGGGGAAUGUGGGCCACUCUUCUCUCCAUCGCCACUUUCGGCAUCUGGUCUGAGACGACAAAGAUAGGGAGCACAUUGAGUGGGGCUAUAGUGAGCAUUCUGGUGGGGUUCGCUGCGAGUAAUCUUGGGAUCAUUCCUUAUGAAGCUCCGGCUUAUUCGGUUGUCAUGGAGUACCUGCUGCCCAUGGUCAUCCCGUUGCUGCUCUUCAAAGCGGAUUUGCGCCUCAUCUUGCAGUCAACAGGGACGUUGUUCUUGGCAUUCUUGCUUGGAUCAGGUUACUUCCAUUUCACUAUUUCUGUCUUUCCCUUCAUCUUGAUUCAUCUACAAAGCUUUAGUUUCAACCCUUUGGGGAUCAUUUGGAUGCCUGUAAGUUUUUGUAAGUGACUUACAUAUGCUAGCUGUUUGAAUAUAAGUUGUACUUCACUUGCAAGUAAAUAGUUUUUGUGCUUGGGUAACUUGUAAGUCAAUUAAAGGUACAAAGCUCACCAAACA